AUGUUUACAUUUAAACCUAAGAAAUUCUUCUGCAUGAUGCUCGGUGAAGCAUUCCAUACCUUACGUUUGAAGAAAGAUUCCCACUGGCUCGAUGUCAAGGAUUCCUAUCAAUACCUUCUCAAAAAGUAUCACCCGGAUGUUAAUUAAAACACACCAGAAAAUGUAGAAAUGAUUAAGAAAUUAAAUAUAGCAUAUAAAACUCUUGAUUAAUAUUAUGCCUCCAAUAACUUAAAGACUGACUAAAAGCAAGAUUAAUAAGAUCCCAACAUGUCUUAUUCUAAAACAAUCAAUUGGAAAAGCCGCACUGAAAAAGAUUUGUACAAUGAAAUUUACUAACACUACUUUGGAUCUUUAGAAAAAGAAGCUAUCGCUAACCCUCAAAAUAGUGUCAAGAGGGUCCUAUUUGAAGGUGAGUACUAACGUGCCUUAAGAAGUCUUCUAGGUUAGACAUAAGGUAGUUUUAUGGAUGAAGAAUUCUGGAAAUACUAACAAUAUGAAGGAAGUGGUGAUUUCUACUUUAAGAAUCAAUACACAACCUAAUCUACCUAGUCUGAAAGUUUUUCUCAAACACUAUAAAAUAUGAACCCUAUUUACAGAUACUCUCUCGGCGCUUUCUCUCUUAUCGUCUUUGGAAUGGGCAGCUACGUCCUUAUGAGCGAAAACUAAGACCCCUUUAAAGGUAAACUUAAUAAUGAUAAAAUCGAGUCUAUCCGUCAAAAGGCCUUAGAUUACCGUGUAUCAGAAAAGUAGAAGCUAAUUGAUGAAGCCUUCUAGAGCUAAAAUCCCAUGAAGAGUUGGCCCGUUGGUUAAAAGAGCUCUAACUCCAUGGACUAAUUAAUUGACUACACUAUUUACGGUGAUUUAAAAUUCUACUUUAUUGAAGCUGGUUACUUCUAUAGAGAUAUUGAUGAAAUUACUUUCAUGGAUCACAAAAACAUCGUUAAGAAACCCUUGACUUGCAUCCGUCAAAACCACAUGGUUUCCAUCUCUUUGGAAGCAGAACGUUGUCUUCAAAACAUAUUCAUCAAGGCUGAAGACCUCAAGCGUAUUGUCCGUGAAAAGGGUUAUUUUGAAUGCCCUGGUAUUUUCAUGAGAUAUAAAGGUUUCGUCUAUUUCCGUCACCGUGCUAAACCUAUUGUCUUAAAUGAUCUUGAAAAUAUUCCAAAUAACUAAACUUUAAGUCUCUUUGAAGUUUUCCAUAGAUACUACUCUCCAAUUCCAGAAGUCUUCGAUGAAUAUUAUGAGUAUAGACUUUCUCAUGGUGGAUAUAUUGAAGAUACUACUACCUUAGAAAACUCUUCAUGGAUUGGAAAUGUCACUUUCAAUCACAGAAAUAUAAACAAACUUCUUAUUAAGGGAGAUGAAAAGAACAUUUUCAUGUGGAGAGGUAAGAGUUAGGAUGAUCCUCAAGAAGCUCGUUACAUCAAAGUUUGGAAUACUAUGUACAAUCCUCCUGAAGCUCCAAUUGGCUAAGAAGCUCCCAAGAAAGCUACAGCAUGA